AUUUGGAUCACAUCGUUUCUUUUCUCUUGUGUUCCGUUUGUUACAUGUUUUUUAUAACGUUGUAUGGUUUUCAAUAACAACUUAGGAGCUGCUAUUACUUUCACCAGCUAAGAGUUGUCCAUUUUUUAUUUCUAUUUCCCACGUUUUAUGGUUCUGAAUCCGAACGACAAGCGAUAGCGAUUUCAAAACAAAAGACCUGUUUCCAGCUCAACAUUUGAUAGUAAGGCUGCCCAAUGAUGGUGGCUGAAGGAAUGCAUAGACGGGGAGUCGCAGUGAAUCAUGUAAUGGCCGAUAAUAAACGAGGGAGGCGAUGGACACCACAAUACCAAAGGCAAGGUUAUCACGAGAAUCGACAAUAUCCAGUGCGGUUUUCAAGAAACCCUAGGCAAAAUCUCAGCCAUAACAAUGGAGUGCCAGUUUCCACAAUUCCACCGUCUAUUCCAAGACAAGGAAUCCACAUACCAGCGUGUGAGGUACCAAGAUUAAAAAUGCCCACGAGAGUCCUGGAAACACCAAAGGAUCUAAUAAAACCAACUCAACCACAAUUCCAAGUCCUUUAUCAGGAAUUCGAAAACAUGAAGAAGCGGGGAUUAGUUUUGAAUGCUGAUAUGGAUUCGGCCCAGCUUCCACCUCCACAGCAAAAUAAAGUUGCAGAAGUUACAUCCAACAAUAUCAAACCAUGCAAUGUAACUGACAAUUUUGCUGAUGCCAUGAAGAUUUUCAUGAAGUCUUACUAUCCAACAUCACUGGCUUGUGCAAAACCAGUAGAUGAUUGGAGCAAAGAAGCUGGGAAUUUGUUGCAAGAGUUAACUGACAAAGAGUCACACUCUGAUCAUGAUACCAGUAUUUGGAAUAUUCCUGGUGAAGAAGCCGUGGAGUCGUCAAAGUCUGCCACAUCAGUAAAUAGCCCAUGGUCAAAUUCUUCGAAUAAAGUUGCUCAGAAGCUGACUAAUAAUUCUGGUUUUGAUAUCUAUCGCCAUAUCAUGGAGAUAAAUCCUUCGCCAUACCCGGGAGGAAGCCCAGUAUCUACUGGACAAUCUUCUAGCAAUCACAGCAGUGAUAACGAUGCAGAUGAUGAAGGGACGCAGUCAUCCAACGAGAGUAACUGCAUGAAGGCAAUUGGCACAAAGAAAUCAUCAAAGAAAAGGCUGCAUUCAUCCUUUACUUGCUCCACAAUGGAUUCUGGAUACCUGUCAUCUGCAAAUGAGAGUGAUGGUGCAAAAGCAAAUGGUUUUCAAAUACGGCUACCAGGCAGCAGUGUAGAUUCCGAUGAUGUUGGCUCAGAAUGCGGGUUCACAUCAUCCACUUGCACAUCUUGGCCAUCUUCACCCUUGCCUUAUUCAAUGCAAGGCAGAAGACUUUCCAAUGGUUCGUUCACAAAUGGCAGCGUAUGUCAAACCAAUAUGUCUCCUCUACCUCUGAAUGCGAUCCCACCAACUAUGCCUCCAUUUUUACCUGGUUGGCCUGUUCCACCACCCCCUCCAAAUUUUAUGCCUGUUCCACUACCAUUUCAUCCAGUUACUAGCAUUGCACAAACCCCGCUCGCAAGGGUUUCCAGGCUGCCGAUGCCACCACCGAUUUCUGGAUUUCCUCAACUCAAUUCUGUACCAGCACAACAGUACGGAACAAAUUUACAAACGCCACCUCAGAUUCACAGUCCAGCAAUGGACUCACCUGCAUCAGGUGACUUCUCUGCUAACGGUGUAUAUCACAAGCACAAAGCAUGGAUCACUGAUGAAAUUUUAGAAAUGAUUGCUGUCCGUGAUCGUUUGUACAAGCGUAUGAAGAAACAUCCUGCACCGGAUAUUGUGGAGAUGUACAAAAAGGUCCGGAACAUGGUCGUAGGAAUGACCAGAAAUGCAAAACGUUCAUAUGAAAAACAAUUUGAAGAACAACAACUUGAACAGCAAUUUCGUAGUAAUCAAUGUCAGGUAAAUCGUAAUCUGAACUAUUUUAGCCCAUUGAAUGGUCUUCCACAACAUACAUUUGUACCCAUGGCAUGGUAAUGUUCCAAUGUCUUUCCAUCGUUUUAACCCCUGUCUGUCUUGCUAUCCUUUUAUUGUGUGCUACUCACUGCAAGCCUUCUAUUCAUGCUUUUACUGGUAGUGCUUUUGCUAGUUUCAUAUGAUAGUCAUUGUUUUUAUUUUGUUAUUUUUGUGUAAAAUGUUCUGAUUAGGUAUAAUAAUGUGUUUUCGUGUGUUCUAGAAGUCCCCAUAUUUAUUUUAUCAUUCAGUCAUCUCUGCCUGUUUAUAAUAAUAAAGUUCCAUUGCAUGUUGUA